AUGUUCAUCACAUCACAGGGCGGCCGCUUCAAGAACAGCCAGAUCCUCACCGUCGAUGUCAAGUCCAAGAUCUAUCGCCUGCUGGGCGCCGAGGAGGUGCACCACGUCGCGCCGCCAGACAACGAUCAGGGCGACGACUACGAUGGUGAUGGUUUCAACCACGGCUUCUUUCCGCCUCCCGCCUUCCCCCGGCCUCCGCGCUACCGGCCCCUGGGCGGCGGACUCCACCCGCCCUAUCCCGCGCACCCCUCCUCCGGCGGCCUGCCCUAUCCUCCCUAUCCCGGCUAUCCGCACCACCGGGCCAUGGGCUAG